CCCACCUGUUUACGCCGUGCAUAAUAGAGCGAGCCACAAUACAAUUACAUACAAUAUAGUCGCCAUAUUGAAAAGGCCCAAACCGAAUGUCUGAAGAGGAGGCAAGAAAAAGCCUGCAAUUUCAGCAAAAACCUCGAAAUAUAACUCCAGAAAUGGAAACUUUAAGUUGUCCGAAGAUGAGUAUACGUGUCUACCAACGAAAGUGAUUUUUCUUUGACCGGGGGAUGAUUCAAACCCGCGACUUGGAAUGAAGUCUGGAUGGUUUUCUGUCGCUCGGAGGUCUGGCGGGACACCUUGGGCUUGGCGGAGCAGUAUGGCAACGCCCGAGUCGAAACGGCGAAAUGUCGCCAUGAACGGCGCAAGAGCUGACCAUCGUUGGGCCUGGAGAUACAGAAGUGCUGUUGGUGGCUUGCAAAUAGUGGUGAUUUUUUGCCUGUUGUCUCCUGCCUCUUCCGCACCGACUGCAACAAUUGUGCCUUCUUCAUCUGCUGCCCCUGAUAACCUAACAACCCCAGCAAUAACAGAUCUAACUCAGCAGCACACAUCAGAAGUCAAGCAAAUUUCAGAAAACCCAAGGCAACCAGGGAAUGUUCAAGUACCACUUGAAAUAACUCGACAACCCAUCGAGCCCCCGUCAAUCCAGCGAGGCCCAGAGAACAAGACCGUUGCCGUUGGUGGUCGAGUCACAUUCCGCUGCCAGCCUGUGGGUCAGGGGUUAGAGGUCACCUGGGUCAAGGAUGGACACGACAUUCCGCGCAACAGUUCCCAGUAUAUUAUUAAGAGUAAUUUCAACCUCAGGAUCCCCAGUAUCAGUACUUCUGAUGGUGGUGUUUAUCAGUGCCGAGCAUUGAAUGCUGGCGGGGAGGUGUAUUCAUCGCCAGCUUUCCUUGAUGUCCAAAUUCCAGCACAGAUCCCUGGUGAGCAGCAGACCAUUGAUGUGUCUUAUGGCGCCGCAGUCAACCUUACAUGUGCAGCAACUGGAAAUCCUAAGCCAACAUUUAGCUGGACCAAGAACACAGAUUUUGUGAAAAAUGAAGAGACUCACCCUCCCACUUACUGGGUCAAGCAGUAUCUGACCUUCAACGCAUCAAAGUCUCUCAAUUAUACCUGCUUAGCAAGAAACAAAGUCUUACAGCAGGAUGGCAGGGAGAAGGAUUAUGUGUCCACAAUGCAUUAUAAUGUCAGAGUCCAUGGAAUUCCAAGUUUCUGUGCCAGCUAUGGAGGCAACAUCUGCAAGAAUUACUUGUCGGGUCGCAGUGUCUUUGUGGAUGCCAAUUUUUACGACCCGCACAAUCGCAUGGAGCCAGUGUUAAAGAGACUGACUGACCACGUGGACAGCAUCGUCAUGGAUAGCACCUGCAGGGAGGCUUUCAAGUCACUGGUUUGUCACAGCAUGCUGCCUGACUGCAAAAACUCCAGGCUUCAACCACUCUGCAGGGAGGACUGUCUGACAGUGCGCAGUGAUCUCUGCUAUCGGGACUGGAGGAACUUGAAGCUUCGCUUGAGCAGCGAUGAGAGGAUUAAGCAGAAGCUGGGGCCACUAGCGGGCUUAUCACAAUGCCAGGAUCUCCCCAGCAAAGAAGCAGCCCCAGGGAGCUGUAGUGAUGCUGGCCUGUUUGAGAUGCGAGACGAUAAGAGAACAUGGGAUUGUGUUGACAAUAGUAACGAUGGCAUGUACUACCAGGGUAACAUCAGUGUGACCAAAACAGGAUUGACUUGUCAGCAAUGGGCAACAAGUUACCCACAGAGCCGGCGUAUGUUUGCAUCAGUAUAUCCCCAGCUGGUGAACAGCAGCAACUACUGCCGUAACCCAGGCGGGCGGUACAGUGAACCAGGCUGCUUUCCCAAUGGCGGUGAAACAGAGUGGCAAUCCUGCAAAAUUCCAAGCUGUGAUGUAACGACAGAAGCGAGUCCAACUACAGCACCACAACAGUCAUCCACAACCGCCACUGCGGAGGAGAAGCAUGCCAUAACUGACACACCCUAUGUGCAUCCCGUACCAAUGGAACCAAACAGCAACAGAGACAUAUAUUUGAUAUGUGGUGGCGCUUUUGUUGGUGUAUGUUUUGUUUGCAUCAUAGUCGGCACCGUCCUGUUCUGUCGUUUCAAGUUUAACCGCUACUCCCGCUAUAAGUUCCCAGGCGAUUUGGAUGUCAGCAAAUUGCCCGAGAACCCCAUGUAUGGGAAAGACUUCAACAAAAGCUUCAACCCACACUUGAGGCACUUGGAAUAUCCUCGCAACAACAUCAUAUAUAUUGUAGAUAUUGGCGAGGGGGCAUUUGGACGCGUGUUUAAGGCGAUUGCACCAAAAUUGCGCCCGGAGGAAGCAUCCACCACCGUCGCAGUCAAAAUGUUGAAAACAAAUGCUGAUAGAGAUGUCCAGGAGUACUUCAAUCGUGAGGCAGAAAUUAUCGCCAGAUUUGAUAACCCGAACGUGAUCAAACUGUUGGGGGUGUGCUUUGUUGGCAAACCACUGUGCAUACUACUUGAGUACAUGGGCCAAGGGGACCUUCAGGAAUUCCUACAUUACCACAACCCUGACCAAUCCCAACAGGGUGGGCCAGGGGGUGCCUUGCGGAUUAAUAGCCGCACCCAACUUAAUUUAGCAUACCAGGUGGCCUGUGGUAUGGUCUAUCUGACCGAGAAGCGGUUUGUGCAUAGGGACAUUGCAACUAGAAACUGCCUGGUUGGCAACAACAAUGAGGUCAAGAUUUCCGACUUUGGCCUCGCUCGCUACCUUGGCUCCAGCGACCACUUCCUGGGCCACAAGGAUGAGACCAUACCCAUACGCUGGACCUCACCUGAGGCCCUGUGGCACUACAAGUUCACAACCUACUCAGAUGUCUGGUCCUUUGGGGUGCUGUUAUGGGAGAUAUUCAGCUUUGCUCGGCAGCCUUACGAGAGCAUGACUCAUGAGGAAGUCUUCCUGCAGACCUACAAAGGGCACACGUUGGAGUGCCCUGACAACACACCCCACUGUGUCUAUGAACUGAUUCAGAUGUGCUGCAGUCAGGAUCUGAAUGCCAGGCCGUCUUUCUAUACUUUGCGAGACACACUGAACUCCAUGCAGGACAGUGAGUUGGUCUGUUGAUCUUUUUGCUAGCAGGCUGGGUGCAUCUGUCAAUUCUCAAUGGACCCAGUACUUUGAAGUUGACCUUUAAAGCUAUAGUCCAUCAUUUGCAGCCAUCCGAAAAGUAACUGGCGUAAUUAUUGUU